UUUGGAACAGGAAGCACGUUUGUUUUGGUUUGGCGGACUUACGGACCCACAGGAACGGAACGGCUAUGAAGCGGGUGACUCGGCGCGAAUGCGAUGAUGUCCCUGUACCCGAGGAGCAGGAGACUGAGGGACAGAGGCAGCUCCACAGCCUUCUCCUUCAACAGCUCGACACUGGGGUCGACAUCGAUCGCUGCUUUGCGAAGAAGCAAUGCUUUGCUCCCGCCACUUUCUACAAACCCUUUGGGGAGCAGGCUGCAGGUGUGAAGAGCCUGUCGCAGUUCCAAGACCUGCAAGACAGAGAGACGGAGAUGGCCAGUCUGAGAGAGCUAGGGCUGAAUGAUGCUGAGGUUCAGCUAUGGAAGAACAGGGAUAAAAACGAGGCAUCUGAGAAGGCCCGAGGGGUGUGUGUGGAUCCUGCAGCAAGGCGUGAGCGGCUACGAGUCAUCCAAGAGAAGAUUGACGCUCGCGACCGGCUCCUGUCCCGCCCACAGCGUCUGUCUGCCAGUCGGCCACUCUCACGGAGAGAGAUGGAGAUUGAGCGGGCGCUGUUCCAAGGCACCGAUCGACAGGGAUUCCUUACGGCCCUCUACCAUCAAGAGGAAGAGCCUAGUUCAGACCAGCCAGGGUCUUCAGGAGCAGACACCAUGCACAUACUUUAUAAGGACUUCCUAAAGGAGGCAGAAAAAGAAGAGCCUGCCCAAUCAGCGAGUCACAAAAGCACAAAGGAAAACUCCUGGCAGGUCUCACCCAGCGGCCCCUCUCAGUCUUGCCACAACAGCAGCCAACCAUGUGCAUCUUUUGACAAAAGAGACCAGUCAAAGAGACCUUCACACAGCAAACAAGAGUUUAAUUAUUUGAUCAAUUUGAUGGAUAGAUGUGCAGACCAGUCAUCAUCAAUCCUGGACAGUCCAGCCUGCCUGCCACAGACUCAGGUUAAUCAAAAGACGAUUCAGCUUUCAGCUUCCAACAAAAAAAUGGAUGUGAGCCAGUCAAUUGGUGCUUUGAUUUCACCAACAAGUGCUGGGUCACAGCUAAAAGGGCCAGUGACAGUCACUGGCCAAGUGGAGCUGGUCCCUGAGGAGGACAUCCUGCAAAACAAGGAGACAGCGGAGAGCAUCAGAGGCAUUCCUCGCUUUCAGAACUACCAGCCAGGAGAGCCGUCUAAUGUGCUGUGUGUGAAGAACCUUAGUCCACGAGCGACUGUUGCACAGCUUGUGGCGCUUUUCUCUCGUUUCCAGCACUCUGAUCGGCCCCCCAUCCUCUACCGCCUCCUCACUGGAAGGCUCAAAGGACAGGCCUUCAUCACAUUUUCAGAUAAGGAGAGUGCACAAGCGGCUCUGGGACUCUUGCAUGGCUACCGGCUUCUGGACAAGCCACUAGUGAUUGAGUUUGGCAGAGAAAAAAAAGACUGCAAGGAGGACAAGAAAGAAGUUGUCAAACCAGAUCCAACAACAUGACUGGUAGCAGAGAUAUUGAACUGAAACAAGACAACAAACACAGGUUCUGUGUUCCAUGUACACGACGUGUAUUGUCAUAAAAUAUAUAGAAUUUA